AUGGCGAAAGGAACAAGAUCUUCUGAUAAUUCUCCAACAGAAAUGGGGGAAUUGAAGGAAAUGAUGCAGAAUUUGGCAGAAAAAAUGGGAACGUUGGCAGGGGAAGUUACAAACCUGAAGUGGUUGGAUCAAGUGGUCAUGGAAUUGAAGGAACAAUUUAUCACUAAUCGAGAAUCUGGGAGGGAGAGAACUCCUGUAGAAGGUUGUCCUUCAACUGCAAGACAUCUUGAUGAAAGAAUUCACCAUUCUGAGGAGAGAAGUCACAGACCCAGGAGUCCUACCAGUUACAACACCCAUCAUUCAAACUUCUCAAGAUGGUCCCGAAUGGAAUUCCUUAGGUUUACAGGGGAAGAUCUGAGAUCGUGGUUGUUCAAGAUUGAACAAUAUUUUUCCAUGGAAAAUGUAGCUGCAGAGGAAAAGGUAACAGUGGCUGCAAUGCAACUGGAAGGAGAAGCCAUCCAAUGGCAUCUUUCUUUCAUGAGAUACAGACAGUACUUACAACCUGCUACUUGGAAUGAAUAUGUGAUGGCUAUGGUUGAAAGGUUUGGGAAUGAUUUUGAUGAUCCCAUGGAGGAGAUAAAGAAGGUUAAACAGAUAGGUUGUGUGAAGGAAUACCAAGCUGUAUUUGAAAGGAAUUUGACAAGGGUGAAUUUAUCACAGGAAAAUGCUAUUAGUUGUUUCAUUGGAGGACUGAAGCAUGAACUGAAUCUUGCUGUGAAAGUGACUAACCCCACUACAUUGGCUCAAGUUUACAGAAGUGCAAGGCUACAAGAGGCUUAUAUAGCAGCAGUUAGACAACCUGCACAAAUAAAUUCUCAAUUAAAUUCAAUAAGAUUCACAGAACAAAGAAAUUACAACAGCAAACCUAUUCUUCCUACACCUGGAUUUGGGGGUUCUAAUGGGCCUAGAGGAAUGAACAGGAGAACACUAAGUGCAGAGGAGAUGAAUGAGAAACGAUCAAAAGGAUUAUGCUACUUCUGCAACGAGAAAUACAUUCCUGGACACAAGUGUAAGACUUCCAAACAGUUGUAUCUAUUAGAAAUAGAUGAAACAGGGGAAUUCCAAGAAAGUGAAUGUCUGAUGGAGGAACACGAAAGGCAAAUACUUGAGGAGGAAUCUAAUACAAUGGAACUGGUCCAGCCUGCAGAACAUAUGGAGAUAUCUAUGCAUGCACUAAAUGGAUCAUUAGGAUAUAGAACUUUGAAAGUGACUGGUUAUCAUUCAAAGAAGAGCUUAAACAUUUUGAUAGAUACUGGCAAUUCUCACAAUUUUAUUGAACCUGAGUUGGUUGGUCAACUAGGUUGUGAGAUCAGGUCUACUUCACCUCAGUUGGUUGCUGCAGCUAAUGGCAACAUGAGGGUGGACAAGAUGACCACUAUUACUUGGUUACUCCAAGGAGCUGAAUUUACAGCUGAUUUCUUACUGUUGCCACUUGGAUGUUGUGGAGUAGUUUUGGGGGUCCAGUGGUUGCUAACUUUGGGAGAUAUAAAGAUGAACUUCAGGAAUCUGACCAUGGAAUUUUGGUACAAAGGAAGGAAGCAUUUACUCAGGGAAGCUGACAACCAGAAGUUAACUGUUGGUGCUGGGAAGUUAGCAAAACAGUCAGGUAAUCAAUCUCAACUUUGUAUGAUUCAAGUAAUGCCAAUGGGAAGUGAAGAAGUGAAAUCUCAUGAGACAGACAAUGUGCAUGACAUGAAAGGUGAUCCUAAUCUUUUAUCCUCAUUAUCUGAAUUUAAGAAAUUGUUUGAAGAACCUGCUUGUUUACCCCCUUCAAGAGGUGUUUUUGAUCAUAGAAUUGUGUUGAAAGCUGGGACGGAACCUAUGAACAAGAGACCUUAUAGGUAUCCUUCAGUUAAAAAGGAUGUUAUUGAGGGGUUAGUUCAACAGAUGUUAGAUCAGGGGAUUAUUCAGCCUAGUUGUAGUCCAUUUGCAUCUCCUGUUGUAUUGGUUGAAGAAAGAUGGGUCAUGGAGACUGUGUGUUGA